AUGGAGAUCUUUAUUUUCACUUGCCUGAACUAUCCUCUGCCUCAGUAUGACACCUAUGAUACCAAGUCUGGACAACAAUAUCCCUUCCCAAGUGUUGGAGGUGGAGCCCCUGGACCUCCUGGCCCCCCUGGUCCUGUGGGUCAGCCCGGAGCACCCGGAUCUCAUGGAUACCAAGGACCUCCAGGUGAACCUGGUCAAGCAGGCAGUCCGGGCCCCGCUGGUCCCCCAGGAUUAUUGGGCCCCCCUGGUCCAGCUGGGAAAGAUGGAGAAUCUGGACGACCUGGGAGACCUGGUGAACGUGGAUUGCCUGGAGCUCCUGGCCACAAAGGUCCCUCCGGUAUGCCUGGAGUCCCCGGAAUGAAAGGCCACAGAGGAUUUGAUGGAAGAGAUGGCGCCAAAGGUGAUGCCGGUGCUCCUGGUCUGAGGGGUGAGAAUGGACUUCCUGGAGAAAAUGGAUCUCCUGGACCAAUGGGCCCAAGAGGUCAACCAGGUGAAAGAGGAAGACCAGGAGGCCCAGGGUCAGCUGGCGGUCGUGGCAACGAUGGUUCCCCAGGAGCAGCUGGCCAACCUGGUCCCCCUGGCCCACCUGGCCCUUCAGGAUUCCCAGGAUCUCCAGGUUUUAAGGGUGAAGUUGGCCCUGGGGGCCCCCCUGGAUCCUCUGGUCCACCGGGACCGAGAGGAGAACCCGGGCCUCAAGGCCAGCCUGGCGGUGCGGGCCCUCCAGGUCCCGGAGGACGUGACGGAAGCCCGGGUGCAAAAGGUCUACCAGGUCCUGGUGGUAUUCCUGGAUCUCCAGGAUUGCUUGGAGCUCGUGGCCCUCCUGGUCCCCCUGGAACUAAUGGAAUCCCCGGACAAAGAGGUCCAGCUGGCGAACCCGGUAAGAACGGCAACAAAGGAGAACCAGGAGCAAGAGGGGAGAGGGGUGAGAAUGGCACUCCUGGCGCAGCUGGUCCUCCAGGUGAAGAAGGCAAAGCUGGAGCUCCUGGUCAAGCUGGCACAAAUGGUUUGCCUGGAAAUCCGGGAGAGAGGGGUGCUCCAGGUUUUAGCGGUCCUGCUGGUAGAAAUGGGGCACCAGGUGAAAAGGGUGUCCCUGGUGAACGAGGUGGUCCCGGACCAGCGGGACAAAGAGGAAGCCCCGGUGAACCCGGACGUGAUGGAUCUCCUGGACUUCCAGGAAUGAGAGGAUUAACCGGAAGCCCAGGAAGUCCAGGAUCAGAUGGAAAACCAGGCCCAGCCGGUUCUUCAGGAGAAUCUGGGCGAAGCGGACCUCCAGGCCCAGCAGGCCCACGGGGUCAACCAGGUGUGAUGGGUUUUCCUGGUCCAAAGGGUAGUGAGGGCGCACCUGGUAAAAAUGGAGAAAGAGGUCCACCUGGAAAUGCUGGGGGACAGGGACUACCUGGAAAAGAUGGUGAAAGUGGAGCUCAAGGCCCCCCAGGACCUGCUGGUCCAGCUGGUGACAGAGGGGAACCUGGAGCUAUAGGACCACCUGGUUUCCAGGGACUACCUGGUACCUCAGGACCACCUGGAGAGAAUGGAAAACCUGGAGAAGCAGGACCAAGAGGAGAGAAUGGAGGCCCAGGAGCCCCAGGAGCCAAGGGUGAAAAUGGCGUCCCAGGUGAACGCGGUGCACAAGGACCUCAAGGACCUCCCGGAGCCAGAGGUGGAGCAGGCCCUCCCGGACCAGAGGGUGGAAAGGGUCCUGGUGGUCCUCCAGGACCUCCCGGGGCAUCAGGAUCACCAGGUUUGCAAGGAAUGCCAGGUGAGAGAGGAGGAGCCGGAAGUCCUGGACCCAAGGGAGACAAGGGAGAACCCGGUGGCAGAGGGGGUGACGGCUUGCCUGGUAAAGAUGGCGGAAGGGGUCCUGUAGGAUCCAUCGGACCCCCUGGUCCAGCUGGCCAACCUGGUGAUAAGGGAGAGUCUGGUUCAGCAGGACCGCCUGGUCCAACAGGUCCUCGUGGUGGCCCCGGUGACAGAGGAGAACACGGGCCCCCAGGCCCUGCUGGCUUUCCUGGAGCUCCUGGACAAAAUGGAGAGCCUGGUGGGAAAGGUGAAAAAGGCCCUUCUGGUGAGCGAGGUGAGCCAGGCCCUCCCGGGGCAGCAGGUCCACUUGGAGGCCCUGGAGCACCGGGUCCCUCUGGCCCACAAGGAACCAAAGGAGAGCGUGGCGCUCAAGGUCUUCCAGGUCAGGCCGGCUUCCCUGGUUCUCGCGGCUUACCCGGUCCUCCCGGCAACAAUGGCAACCCUGGACCACCUGGCCUUGCAGGUCCAUCAGGCAAAGACGGGCCUCCUGGUCCCGCUGGGUCCACUGGCCCUAGUGGGUCCCCUGGAGGUGCCGGUCCAAAAGGAGAGCCUGGAGCACCUGGUGAAAGAGGCCCAGCAGGAGCACGAGGAGAACCGGGAACAUCAGGACCUUCAGGAAUUAUAGGCAUCCCCGGACAACGUGGUACUGCAGGACUGCCAGGCUCAAGAGGAGCCCCAGGACCUGUUGGUCUACCUGGUAUCAAGGGUGAAGAUGGAAAACCAGGAUCCAACGGCAGCCCAGGAGAACGAGGCCCCCCAGGUGCACAGGGUCCCCCUGGACUUAGCGGAACACCUGGAGAAUCAGGCAGGGAUGGUAACCCUGGACAAGAUGGCGUACCAGGACGUGAUGGAUCUUCAGGACCAAAGGGUGAUCGGGGUGAAAAUGGCUCUCCUGGAGCACCAGGGCUUCCUGGCCAUGUUGGUCCCCCAGGGAAUGCUGGUCAACCUGGAAAAUCAGGUGACAGAGGAAGUCCAGGUCCUGCUGGUCCAAUGGGCCCCUCUGGCCCUGCUGGUGUUCGUGGCGCUCCUGGCCCCGCUGGUGCACGUGGUGAUAAAGGUGAAGCUGGGGAACGUGGCCUCAACGGAAUCAAGGGUCAUCGAGGAUUCCCUGGUAAUCCAGGUCCUCCCGGUUCAGUUGGUGCAAUGGGUCCCCAAGGUCCAAACGGAAGCCCAGGGCCUGCUGGAGCAAGAGGACCCCCUGGACCUAACGGCCCUCCCGGAAAGGACGGUACAAGCGGCUACCCUGGCCCCAUUGGCCCUCCAGGUCCUCGUGGAACCCGAGGUGAAGCUGGAACAUCGGGCCCCCCUGGUCAUUCUGGGGCACCCGGACCCCCUGGUCCCCCCGGAGCUCCUGGCCCAUGUUGUGGUGCUGCUGGUGGUGGCCCUGAAGGGCAGUGGGAGAAAGGACCCCCCUACUACAGAGACCAGCCAUCUGACGACAAAGCCACCAUGAAUGACGUUUUGUCCUCGCUGAAGUCAAUCAACAAUCAGAUUGAAAACAUUAUUAGCCCCGAUGGUUCACGGAAGAAUCCAGCCCGUAACUGCAGAGACCUGAAGUUCUGCCAUCCAGAACUGAAGAGUGGAGACUAUUGGAUCGAUCCUAACCAAGGUUGCAAAUUGGAUGCCAUUAAAGUGUUCUGCAAUAUGGAAACCGGUGAGUCGUGCAUCAACGCCAACCCCAGAAGUAUUCCACAGAGGAACUGGUGGACAAGCCCAGGACCAGAAAAGAAGCACGUUUGGUUUGGAGAAUCCAUGAAUGGUGGCUUCCAGUUCAACUACGGUGACCCUGAUCUCCCAGAAGAAGUUGCAGAUGUUCAACUGGCGUUCCUCAGGAUCCUCUCCAGUCGAGCCUCACAGAACAUCACCUAUCACUGCAAGAACAGCAUCGCUUACAUGGAUGAGGCCAGCGGGAACGUGAAAAGGGCGCUGAAGCUCAUGAGCUCUACUGACAGUGAAAUCAAGGCAGAAGGAAACAGCAAAUUCACAUACACUGUGCUGGAAGACGGAUGCACUAAACACACCAACGAAUGGGGCAGAACAGUCUUCGAGUACCGAACACGCAAGACAAUGAGGUUGCCGGUGAUAGAUAUUGCACCCUUUGAUAUUGGCGCUCCCAAUCAGGAAUUCGGUGUGGACAUUGGCCCAGUUUGCUUCUUAUAAAACCAAGAAUAAUGCUCGUUCCGAACCCCCAACAAGCCAAUUCACGCGCCAUCUUUGCUCUUUUCGUUUUCGACCUUAUCAACUAGUAAAAUCAAAUCAACCUUAUCCCAGUUAUUUAUUUACCAAAAUUCUGAAGAGGGGGAACAAAAAAAAAAGAGAGAUAAAUUGAUGUAAAGGGUUACCACUUUCUUACUCCGCUCAUACAACGAAAACACCAUCCUCUCUACUUUCUUUCACCCGAAUUCCACUUUCAAGCAAAUGAACAAAAUAACUCCAUGGUGCUACAUUACAACUUCAACACUCAGUACAACACGAACUGUGUCAUGCCAAACGAUUGCUCGCCCAACCAAUCAAGCACUGACAGAUCCCGGCAUCCACGUUGACUUUGCAUUAUCAGAUGCAGUUCACAAAGCUAGAGAGGAAAUCCCUGUUUCAACUACCUCAUCAUGGACCGAAACUGGGAUGAGUUGGAUGAUUCACACCAAGGAAGCCCAAGAGAAAGCCAGCUGGAAACAAGGAAUACAUCUGACUGUUUCUGUACUGAUUCAUGGUUGAGAGAGUCCAGUGUAUCAGAAGAAGCGAAUGCCCUAGUGUCAGCAGACUAAUAUAAUUUUAUUUCUGGGCUGCAUUGAAGUUUUCAAGGGUGCUCCUAUACUUUCCUGUCAUUGCUGGUCAAGACCACUAAAAUUUAGGGAAGUGUAAAAGAAUUUAAUGUGAUGGUGCUAAGUUGUGUGAUUAUGUUGUUGUUUUUUUCACUUCUAAAUCUGCAAGCCGGGUUUAUUGACUUGCGUUUCGAACAACGAGGAUUGACCACAAUUGUACAUGUCUCUCAUCAAAAGUCUUAUCAUCGGUAGGCCAUGUCUGAGGACUUUUCCUUCCUUCACUCUGUAAAAAGUCAAUAAAGACGCAGAAUCAUGAGCUUCUUUUUUUUGUCACAUUAACACAUUUAUCGUGUUGGAGGUUAACCAUCUUUGUAAGCUUUUAUAUGGUUGUUGGUCUUUUCCUUACAGAGACAGACACAUAAUAAAAUAUUGUUAUAAAA